AUUUAGCUUUAUCAAAAGCUCUUUGGUACUCCUUUCGUCAUACAAUGGGGUUCCUUAACAAGAAGCCUGCUUGAAUUUGUUAAUCUUUUGUUCUUUCUAACUGACGAAGCUCAAUCCAAUUCCAUGGCCUCUACUUCAGGUUUUAACAGUGGGCGUCAACUGGAGAACGAGAAUACAGAUGUUUCUGAAGCAACUCCAGUAGCUCGAACCACUCCUGCGACUUACUCACUGGUAAGCAUAUUGUCAUCCUGCUUUGAGUGGUGUUCUCUACUUUUCCCUUCGCGUUCAGAUCAAUCAAAUUCGUUAGCAUCUACAUCCACCACAAUUAGUCAAUCACAGAAUGAGUUUACAAAUGCUUUUCAAGGCAUGGCACCAUAUCCAUCUACUUCUGCCACGAAAAAGCUGCCCUACGAUAUAUUUAUUAAUCAUCGUGGCCCAGAUGUGAAAAAGACGGUUGCAACCACUCUCUACAAUACCCUAAAUGGCAUGGGCUUAAGGGUUUUUCUUGAUUCAGAAGAACUUGAAUUGGGGGAUUCCUUGCCAAAAGAAAUAGAAGAAGCAAUGCGUAGUGCUUCACUUCAUCUAGCUGUAUUUUCCAAGAAUUAUGCCCAAUCCCCUUGGUGUUUAGCAGAGCUUUCAUUUAUGCUCAAAACUGGCACCCAAAUUGUACCUAUUUUCUACCAUAUUCAGCCUGACGAUGUCCGAUAUGCAAAUGGGGUCUUCGCUGAUGCAUUUUCCCGGCACGAAAAGAAGCGUAGGCACACGCCAGAGAAGCUUCAGGAGUGGAAGAGUGCACUCUACAAUGUUCCCUAUGAAAUUGGUCACAUCGUUAAUACCAAGGAUGACGAGGUGGAGCUGCCCAAGAAGAUUGUUAAUUGUGUUUUGAAAGUAAUAAAAAAUGUGCCGUUUGUGGUUGCCAAACAUCCAAUCGGUUUAGAUGAAACUCUAAAUGACUUUGAAAUGACAAUUCAAUCUGCUGAACACCAACACCCUGUGCAUAUUGUGGGAUUAUGGGGUAUGGGUGGCUCUGGCAAGACCACUCUUGCAAAACAAUCUUAUAACAACAAAUACAAAACUAUGGAAAAGUACAGUUUUCUAUUUGAUGUUAGAGAUGCUGCUCAUAAAAGUGCAUUGCAUACUAAGCAGAAAGAACUAUUGGAGUCCGUUGGUCUCAAAGAUGCACAAGUGGACAAUAUAGAAGAGGGGAAGCGCAUGAUUGGUAACCAGUUGAGAUCUGUUAAAGUAUUGAUAGUGGUGGAUGAUGUGGAUAAUGUGGAACAGCUAGAUGCACUAUUGUCUAAUAAGGAUAACUUUGGAUGGGGUAGUUUGAUUCUUGUUACUACACGAGAAUUUGAAGUGCUUAGAGCUUGGGGUAUUUCAACGGUUUAUAAAAUGAAACCGUUGGAUCCACAUCAUGCUGAACAACUUUUUUGUUGGCAUGCUUUUUUGCAGUCCUCUCCAUUUCAAGGGUUUGAGUCUCUGGUUGAAAAUUUUCUUAAUGUUUGUGAUGGAUUGCCGUUGUCUCUGAAGGUUUUUGGAGCACAAUUGUAUGGCAACCUUAACAAAGAUUACUGGAUGCAUCAAUUGGAUAAGAUCUCCAGAAUACUGCCCAAAGAUAUCAAACAAAGGUUAAAAGUCAGUUAUGAUGCUUUACAUGACGAAGAAAAGGAGAUAUUCUUAGAUAUCGCCUGUUUCUUCAUCGGAGAAGAGAAAACUUUGGUUAUUAAUGUUUGGGAUGGAUCAAGGUGGAAUGGUCUUCACAGUUGGGAACGACUUCAGAAUAAAUGUCUUGUCGAACUUGAUAACAAUGAUCACAUAAGAAUGCAUGAUCAUCUAAGAGAUUUAGGAAGAGAAAUUGCAAAUCAACAACCGCCUUACAGAAUUUGGUUUCCAUAUCAGAUUAUUAAAGUUCAUAAUGAAGCACAGAGGAUUCGCAUUCGUGGAAUAACAUCUACAAUACCUGGAUCUACAAGUGGCUUCAAGGAGUUUCCUCAAUGCUCCCUUGGCGGGGAGGUUAUAGUUAACACUAGCGGAGGAUCUUGUAGCCUUUCACCGUCUUCACUUGGACUAAAAAUUUUUCAGGUUAGAGGAAAUUAUUAUAAUCAGGUAAUUGGCGUUAUGUCAAAAGAGCUACUGUGGCUUCGUUGGUUUAACAUAGGGCAGAAAAGUCUUCGUUCAUUGAAUCUGUUGAAGAAUUUGAGGGUUUUAGAUCUGCGUGAAAAAGUAACGAGAGAUAAUCACUUAGAAGAAUUGUGGGAGAUUGACACUGAUGCUCCUGUGCAGUUAAGAGGGUUGGUUAUUGAUGAAUGCUCUAAUUUUCAAAGGUUUCCAAACUCAAUAGGACGUCUCAUUCAUUUGAAGAAAAUAGUCGUUAAGUUUGCAAAAAGGCUGAAGAGUUUACCAGAAGAAUUUUGUCUUCUCCAGUCGCUGGAACAUCUGGAAUUAACUGCUUGUUCUGAGCUAUCAUCACUACCCUGUAACUUUGGCAAUUUGAAAAGACUGCGGUAUCUAAGUUUGAAUGUGAACCGGGAAUUUGGAUUGUUGCCAGAUUCUUGUAAGAAUCUCAUACUCCUACAACAUCUUGACCUAUGCUACUGUGAUAAACUUACCUUACAGUCAGGUAUUCUGGAAAACAUUACAAAGCUUGAGUAUGUGAAACUUUCUGAGUGCAAGCAAUUGGAAGUAUUGCCUUCUCACAUAACAAAACAGGAAUCGUUGAGGGAGCUCUACUUAGGUGGUUGCAGUAGCUUAAGGGAGGUGCCUAUGGACAUUGGUCAACUGAGGAAGUUGCGAGUGUUGGAGAUAGGGAGUCAGCUGCUGACAAGCUUACCGACUUCACUCGGAGAUUUGUCCUCCUUGACUAAUCUUAGGAUUGAAAACUGUCCCAAGCUGGAGUGUUUGCCGGACCAUGUGGGUAAUCUUAAUCUUUUAGAGAAUUUGGACAUAAUCUCUACAGGCCUGAAAUCCUUACCAAACUCAGUCAGGCAAUUGAAAAAUCUUAAAAAAUUGGUUAUAUACAGGUGCCCAAUCAGCGAAUUGAAUCUCAAGAUGGAGUCAUCUACUUCUUCGUUGUGCAACCUUAAAUGGAUAACGCUCUCUGGCAUAAAAGCGUCCAAAAUUUCCAUCUCUCGAGACUGUUGUCCUGUCAUUGAGACUUUUGAGCUUAGAAAUAUUCACCAGCUAACGGAGAUAGAAGUCCUCCCAACAACGGUAAAAGACUUGUGUUUGCAGGGUUGUAAAAUUCUGAAAAACAUCAACGGUAUUGUUGAUAUGGUGAACAUUGAAAAGCUGCGGAUAAUUAAGUGCCCCGGAGUGGAGGGACUUCCCAGUUUUGCACAAUUAGCUUCACUCAAAGAAUUUGUUCUUCAAGGCAGCUAUGGAGUGAAUAAAAUACAAGGUUUGGAAUAUUGUACAACAUUGGAGGAGUUGACAGCUGAUACCAGGUGGGAGGUGCUGGGUAUAGAAAGUUUGGAGCACAUGGAAAGAUUGAGAAGAGUGGAACUCAGAGCAAACAGGAAAUCAGGUGUUGAAAUCUGCAUUCAAAGCAUUAAGAAAUUGGCAGGUGAAAUUAUAGUAUGUACCCAAGCGGUCCCUGAUGCUGCCUUCCUUGUAAACUCCUUUGCCUUUCCGAGUCACUCUCUCGUUGACUCCUUGGCUAACCAAAAAAUUGAUUCCAAACCAAAAUUGGUGCAGAAGAGAUCGCCCAAUGGUGAUGCCAUUAUUGUAUGUUUUGUUAUAAGUUGUAGUACUCCGAAGAUCCAAUUCCGUAUAUCUUCUGUCAGUAAUGAAAUAUUUUCAACGGAGGUGGAGGAAGGUAGAUGGGUAUGGGCAGGUUUCUUCACACAACGUUCCAGGUCUCACAGAACAGAGGAGUACAGGGUAGAGAAAUGGGGUUCGGGCGAAGGUGAAGUGGAGAAAGGAUUGAUUGUGAUGGGAGAAGAGCACAGAUUGUUGGAGGCUUUUCGUCGUUUAUGGAUGCUUCUAGCAUUUUAGAAGUAAUUAUUUAAAAAUGUACAUAUCGUCAUUAUAUUUUCCAUAUUCUUCUUUUGUAGUCCAUUUAAAUUUUAAGAAAAGUCACCUUACUGUGCUAUGUCUUCCAGUUUCAUAUGUGUUCAUAUUUAUAUUUGGUGGUUCUCAUAUACGAUGAAGACCGCUACAAAGAGUUUCGCUGACAUUUACUA